UGGCUGUGCUGUGGAUAUACAUCCAGCAGGCAGAGGAGAGGAGCAGUGCUGUUUCACAUCUUUUAAAUUAAAGCUCUCACAGUAGAAUAACAAUUUGCUCAGCUGCGUGGAAUGAGAUCUUACAGCACAUAAAAGCUCUCAUGAGAUGGCCACAGAUGAUAAAUCAUCACCAACACUGGACAGUGCCAGCGAAUUGCCAAGAUCUCCAAGCAGUCCAUCACACCUUACACACUUUAAACCUCUUACGCCAGAUCAAGAUGAUCCUCCAUUUAAAUCCGCUUAUAGCUCCUUUGUAAGCCUUUUUCGUUUUAGUAAAGAUGAAGUCAGAGCUGCAACCACAUUUGAUAAAUCAGAUCGUGGAACUAAUGACCCAGCUUUGAGAAGUGCCUGGCCCAGUCCACAUCAUUUCUCCAGUUCCCAUUCUAUCAGGUCUCCAGUGCAGUACAAGAAGCAGUCAUUAGCAGAGAGAAGAGGCUCAGCCACCUCAGAUACGCACAGAAAGGCAGAACCACCUCUCGGCCAUGACCCUCGCACAGCUGUACAACUUCGCAGUUUGACUACUGUACUAAAGAGGCUGAAAGAAAUAAUGGAAGGGAAGAGUCAGGACAGUGAUUUGAAGCAGUACUGGAUGCCUGAUAGCCAGUGUAAAGAAUGUUACGAUUGUAGUGAGAAAUUUACAACCUUUCGAAGGAGACACCACUGUCGACUUUGUGGGCAAAUUUUCUGCAGUCGAUGUUGCAACCAGGAGAUUCCAGGAAAGUUUAUGGGGUAUACAGGUGAUCUCCGUGCUUGUACAUACUGCUGUAAGAUUGCAGUAAACUAUGCACACUCCUCUGAUAGCAACACCAUUGGAGAAGAUCUGACUGCACUAUCUGAUUCCUCCUGUUCUAUCUCUCUACUGGAUCCUGGAGAGCCUCGCACACCCGUUGGAGGGAGAAAAUCUAGCCGUAAUAUCUUCUUAGAGGAGGAUUUAGCUUGGCAGAGCUUGGUUCAUCAAGAGAAUCCAAAAAAUACACUAACAACACGUCUAGCUUCUGUACAAGAGGACGUUGGUAAAUCCCCUGCCAGGAAUAGGUCUGCCAGCAUUACUAACCUAUCCUUGGAUCGCUCUGGUUCUCCUAUGGUGCCUCCAUAUGAAUCCUCUGUUAGUCCCCAAUCCUCCCGAACAUAUCUGAAAAAUGACACUAAUGAAGAAGAAAGAAAGAUUCUUCUGGACUCUGUACAGCUGAAGGAGCUUUGGAAAAAAAUCUGUCACAACAACAGUGGUAUGGAAUUUCAGGACCACCGUUACUGGCUGAGGACACAUCCCAACUGCAUUGUCGGUAAAGAUCUUGUCAAUUGGCUGAUCAGAAAUGGGCAUAUUACAACAAGAGCACAAGCUAUAGCCAUUGGUCAAGCCCUUGUAGAUGGUCGGUGGCUUGACUGUGUAACCCACCAUGAUCAGCUUUUCCGGGAUGAAUAUGCGCUUUACAGACCUCUUCAGAGUACAGAAUUCUCUGAGACACCUUCACCUGACAGUGAUUCAGUUAAUUCAGUGGAAGGUCAUUCAGAACCUUCUUGGUUUAAGGACAUCAAGUUUGAUGACAGUGAUACAGAACAAAUUGCUGAUGAAGGGGAAGAUAACCUAACCAACUCUACAAGUCCUAGCAAACGUACAUCGGUCAGCAGUUUCCAAUCUGCUAUGGAUAGCGACUCGGCUGCUUCCAUCAGCCUCAAUGUGGAGAUGGACAACGUCAACUUCCACAUCAAGAAGCAUUCCAAGUAUCCCCAUGUACCCCCACACCCUGCUGACCAGAAAGAGUUUCUUCUGUCAGAAGAUGGUGGGCAACAGAUUGUUCCCAUAAGCGAUGCAUUUAUCAAAGAAUCUUUGUUCAAUCGGCGAGUGGAGGAAAAAUCUAAGGAUCUAUUAUUUACUCCUUUGGGAUGGCAUCAUAACAACCUGGAUCAACUGAGAGAAGAGAAUGGAGAGAAACAGGCAAUGGAGAGGCUACUGUCUGCCAACCACAAUCAUAUGAUGUCUCUGCUGCAGCAAUUGCUGUACAACGAGUCCCUCUCUCUCUCCUGGAAAGACAUCAUUGUGCAACUAGUGUGCCAAGUGGUACAGACCGUACGUCCUGAUGUUAAAAAUGAUGAUGACAUGGAUAUACGGCAGUUUGUUCACAUCAAAAAAAUCCCGGGAGGAAAGAAAUUUGACUCUAUGGUAGUUAAUGGCUUUGUUUGCACUAAGAAUAUUGCACACAAGAAGAUGAAUGCAAGUAUUAAAACUCCCAAAAUACUGCUGCUGAAGUGCUCCAUCGAAUAUUUAUAUCGGGAGGAAACCAAGUUUACAUGCAUUGAUCCCAUAGUCCUUCAGGAGAGGGAAUUUCUCAAGAAUUAUGUUCAAAGGAUAGUUGAUGUACGACCCACACUUGUCCUUGUUGAGAAAACCGUAUCUAGAAUUGCUCAAGACAUGCUGCUUGAACAUGGGAUAACGUUGGUUAUUAAUGUCAAACCGCAAGUUUUAGAUCAAGUGUGUCGAAUGACACAAGGGGACUUAGUGAUGUCCAUGGAUCAACUUCUGACCAAACCACGCCUUGGUACCUGUCAAAAGUUUUAUAUGCAAGUCUUUCCACUGCCUAAGAAUGAAGCAAAAACACUGAUGUUCUUUGAAGGCUGUCCACAACAUUUGGGCUGCACCAUUCAGCUUCGUGGAGCCUCAGAGUAUGAACUGUCUCGUGUCAAAGAGAUAAUCAUAUUCUUGGUUUAUGCUGCAUAUCAUUCUCAAUUGGAGAUUUCAUUUCUUAUGGAUGAAUUUGCUAUGCCCCCAACACUGCCCAAAAGCAGCUCUUUCCAUACACUGAUUGAAGGUCAAGGAGAAGAAAAUGGUCAUACAGAUCUAUUUAAUGGAGAAGAAUGUAGUAUUAUCCAUUGGGAGUCUGAUCUAUCAUUAGAAAGAUUACAUAUGCCUUCAGAAUCCAAGUCUUCUGAUGAUAUAGACUUUGAUGAGGCAAGUGAUUUAGAAACAAAGAGUCUUGGAGGACAUUCUUCUGUUCCUCAUCAGGAUCCUUCUGUGAUGAUGUCGUCAUCUGUGCAGUCUUCUGGGGGGUCAGUUGAGACUAAAAUAAUGAAUCAGAUAUGUCACAUACCUGGUAUUACAAAAGAUGAAGUGGUGACACAACAAGAAACUGAAUCUCUACAAGAAACAACAAGCAACAUAAAACCUUUCAGAGAUCCUUUGCAAGAUGAUACUGGGUUAUAUAUAACUGAAGAGGUCACUUCCACAGAUGACAGGCUUAAAGUGCAUUCUUUGUCUUUUAGGCAGGAGUUAAAAGAUGUUAUUUUGUGCAGUUCCCCAAUUAUUACAUUCAAGGAGCCCUUUCUGCUUUCUGAAAAAGGUAUGAGAUGUCCCACUAGAGAUUAUUUUCCUGAUCAAGUUUAUAUGUCUCCACUAUUAAACAAAGAGGUGAAAGAAAUGGAGAGUAGGAGGAAGAAACAGUUAUUACGUGAACUUUCCAGCAUUCAAGGGAUUAACGGAACCGCACAUAGUAAAGCUAUUGAAAUCUUUCCAUCUCAUGAACUCCUUAGCAAGAGAAUUUCUGAGCACUUAGGCGAUAGCCAGGAUUUAGCCAGAAUACUAGCUGAUUAUCGGGCUAGAGGAGGAAGGAUCCGACAGAAAGAUACUGACCCAUUUUUUCACACGAAGGAUGUAACCAAUGGGCUUACUUCUAAAAAUGAAAACAAAAGUGAAUCAGAUGAAGAGAAAAGCCUAACUGAUAUGUCAUGGAACUCGAAGAUUGACUGCUUGAAUAUUAUAAAUCAUCAACGCCUUUGUGUGUUAUUUAGCAGUUCUUCAGCCCAGUCCAACAAUGCUCCUAGUUAUUGUGUUAGCCCAUGGAUUGUAACAAUGGAAUUUUAUGGGAAAAAUGACCUGACUCUUGGGGUUUUUCUAGAAAGAUACUGUUUCAGGCCUUCGUAUCAAUGCCCAAGUGUAUUCUGUGACACUCCAAUGGUGCAUCACAUUCGCCGCUUUGUACAUGGAAAUGGCUGUGUACAGAUUGUGCUUAAGGAACUGGAUUCUCCAGUUCCUGGAUACCAACACACUAUCCUAACAUACUCCUGGUGCAGAAUAUGUCAGCAGGCAACUCCUGUUGUACCUCUGUCCAAUGACUCCUGGUCCAUGUCAUUUGCAAAAUAUUUAGAGUUGCGUUUCUAUGGAUACCAGUACACCCGACGAGCUAAUGCUGAACCUUGUGGACACUCCAUUCACCAUAACUACCACCAAUAUUUUUCCUACAAUCAGAUGGUUGCUUCCUUCAGUUACUCCCCAAUUAGACUUCUUGAAGUGUGUGUACCAACUCCAAAGAUUCACAUCAAGCAUCAUAGCCCAGCAAAAGUUUCAAUCCUUCAGGACUUAAAGGAUUUCUCCCAAAAAGUUACCCAGGUGUAUCUUGCCGUAGAUGACCGGCUUACCUCCCUAAAAACAGACACAUUUAGCAGGACAAGAGAAGAAAAGAUGGAAGACCUUUUUGCACAAAAAGAGAUGGAGGAGGUAGAAUUCCGAAACUGGAUUGAGAAGCUACAGGCAAGAUUGCUUUCCUCUAAUAUGGACACAGAACAGCAGCUACAGUCCAUCUUUGAGUCAAUGAUUGCCAAGAAACAGUCUCUGUGUGAAAUGCUUCAAGCAUGGAACAACAGGUUGCAAGAUCUAUUUCAGCAAGAAAAAGGCCGUAAACGCCCUUCAGUGCCUGCUAGUCCUGGAAGAAUGAGACAGGGGGAAGAAAAUAAGGGUUGUGCUUCGGAUGCAUCCCCACGCAACUCAUCUCCUGCACAAAAUGGGGAGAGAGAAGAUCGCUUUAUGACAACCUUAUCUCAGAGCUCCACAGGCUCCUCCCAUCUCCAGAUACCAAGCCCUCCUGAUCUUGCUUCUGAUCAGUCGUUUGCUGGUACCUUUACAGCACUAAGUGCCACCGAGAUGGACACCACCAGCAGCUGUGAAGAUGUGUUUGAUGGUCACUUAUUGGGAUCUACAGACAGCCAGGUUAAGGAGAAAUCCACCAUGAAAACAAUAUUUGCAAAUCUUCUCCCAGGAAACAGCUACAACCCAAUUUUACCCCCUUUUGAUCCAGAUAAACACUACCUGAUGUAUGAACAUGAACGAGUUCCUAUUGCUGUAUGUGAGAAAGAGCCCAGUUCCAUCAUAGCAUUUGCUCUCAGCUGUAAAGAAUACAAAAAUGCUUUGGAUGAGUUAUCAAAAACAGCAUCAAAGAGCUGUUCAGAAGAAUGUGCUCUGCCUGUUAACUUGGUUGACAGUAGACCAAAAACUAGCAGCCCUUCAAGAGCAUCAGAUGCUUCCUCUGUCCAGUCAAACCGUCCUACGGAACCAGAAUCUCAGAGCAAAAAGCCUUCAGGGGUUCUAUCCUUCUUCCGUGGUACUGGAGGGAAAAGCCCAGACUUGUCUGCACAGAGAAAAGAAACAUUGCGAGGCGCAGAUAGUGCUUAUUACCAAGUAGGCCAGACUGGCAAAGAGGGUGCAGAAAGCCAAGCAACAGAACCACAAGAUGACGUUGAUGGAGUAGAUAAGCAGAAGAAGGCGUUUGGCAAUCCCCAUGUGGAGCUACAAUUCUCAGAUGCAAAUGCAAAAUUCUACUGCCGGAUUUAUUAUGCUGGAGAAUUUCACAGGAUGCGCAAAGUAAUUUUGGGAAGCAGUGAGGAUGAUUUUAUACGCUCCCUUGCACACUGUGUUCCAUGGCAAGCUAGGGGUGGAAAGUCUGGUGCAGCUUUCUAUGCAACAGAAGAUGACCGGUUUAUUUUAAAACAGAUGCCUCGUCUGGAAGUGCAGUCUUUCCUUGAUUUUGCCCCACACUACUUCACGUACAUUAUAAAUGCUGUUCAAAUGAAGAGACCUACAGCCUUAGCUAAGAUUCUAGGAGUGUAUCGAAUUGGUUACAAGAAUUCUCAAAACAACACUGAGAAAAAGUUGGAUCUUCUGGUCAUGGAAAAUCUUUUUUAUGGCAGAAAAAUGGCUCAGGUAUUUGACCUAAAGGGAUCUUUAAGAAAUCGGAAUGUUAAAACAGACACCGGAAAAGAGAGCUGUGAUGUGGUCUUGUUGGAUGAAAAUUUAUUGAAAAUGGUGCGGGACAAUCCAUUGUAUAUAAGGUCACACUGUAAAUCUGUCCUGAGAGCUUCCAUACACAGUGACUCUCACUUUCUCUCAAGCCACCUUAUAAUAGAUUAUUCUCUACUAGUGGGUCGUGAUGACACAACAGAUGAACUUGUAGUUGGAAUUAUUGAUUACAUACGGACCUUUACAUGGGACAAAAAGCUUGAAAUGGUAGUUAAGUCGACUGGGAUUUUAGGCGGCCAGGGAAAAAUGCCAACAGUAGUAUCACCAGAACUCUAUAGAACUCGGUUCUGUGAAGCAAUGGAUAAGUAUUUCCUGAUGGUUCCAGAUCACUGGACAGGCUUGGGUGGAAACUGCUGAUGCACCAAUAAGAAAACCUAACAAUGAAAUCUGUUCUUAAGGCACAAUAAACCAAUUCAAACAAGCACCCGUUCCUCAGCAAGACAAGUGAGGAAGACCUUAGACAUGAAGUUCAAAUCCUCCUCUUGCUUAACCUAAAUACCAUAAUUAUCUAAACCAGAAUAUUGAUGUACUGUAAGAUGGAGAUUGUAUAUAAUGUAUAUAUUUAAAACAUAGAUAAAUGUAUUCAGUUGAAUAUACUUAUUUCUCUAUUUUAGAUGUCUGUGCACUGAAACUCUUAACGUUUUUUAUGUUCAUGAAAUGCCAGACACAAGCAAUUGUGUGUGACUGCUGUGCAGCCAAUUCCCUAUUUACAUUUUAGUUUAUCUUGCGUGUUCAAACUUGCAGAUUUUGCAAUAUUCUCUAGUAAGGGCAUUGAAAUAUGUGUUUCUCUGUGGUCUUUUUCCACCUUUUAUGAGCACAAGUGGAUAUAAUAAGUGAAC